CUUUCUGCACUAGUGCACACCCGGUCUGACAGCGAGCAAGCAGGUUUGAGCAUUCCUCGAAUCACGAUGUCUCCGGCUUGGAUCUCUGUUCUCUGCCUCGGUGGCUACUUUCUCCUGCCGGGACCUGUGAGCUGCGAGGGUGCUGCUCCUAUUGCUAUCACAUGCUUUACAAGAGGACUUGAUAUCAGGAAGGAGAAAGCUGAUGUCCUUUGCCCAGGGGGGUGUCUUCUCCGAGAUUUCUAUGUCUUUGGGAACAUAGUCUAUGCCUCUCUUUCAAGCAUCUGUGGAGCUGCCAUUCACAGGGGGGUAAUCACCAGCUCAGGAGGGGUUGUGCGGGUCUAUGGUCUUCCUGGCCGGGAAAACUAUUCUUCAGUAGCUUCCAAUGGCAUCCAGUCUCAAACCCUGACCCGAUGGUCCUCAUCUUUCACAGUGUCCAAAGGCAAAAGUGAAGCUCUAGAAGCUACAGGACGGGCAGUGUCCACAGCACGUCCAGUGUCCACAGCACGUCCAGCAGCAGGUAAACGACAGAAGAAGACACCUGACAAAAAGGCUGGAAACAAAGAUUGUAAGGCAGAUAUUGCUUUUCUGAUUGAUGGAAGCUUUAAUAUUGGACAGCGCAGAUUUAAUCUCCAGAAGAAUUUUGUUGGAAAAGUGGCUUUGAUGUUGGGGAUUGGAACAGAAGGACCACAUGUGGGACUUGUUCAAGCCAGUGAACAUCCUAAAAUUGAAUUUUUUCUGAAGAACUUUACCUCAGCCAAAGAUGUUUUGUUUGCCAUAAAGGAGGUGGGUUUCAGAGGGGGCAAUUCCAAUACAGGAAAAGCCUUAAAGCACACAGCCCAGAAAUUCUUCUCAGCAGACAGUGGAGUGAGAAAAGGCAUUCCAAAGGUGGUGGUGGUCUUCAUUGACGGCUGGCCCUCAGAUGACAUAGAGGAAGCCGGCAUUGUGGCCAGAGAAUUUGGGGUUAAUGUGUUCAUUGUCUCUGUGGCCAAACCCAUUCCUGAAGAACUGGGGAUGGUUCAGGAUGUCGGCUUUGUGGACAAGGCCGUCUGUCGGAAUAACGGUUUCUUCUCUUACCACAUUCCAAGCUGGUUUGGCACUACCAAGUACGUGAAGCCGCUGGUCCAGAAGCUCUGCACCCACGAGCAGAUGAUGUGCAGCAAAACCUGCUACAACUCCGUCAACAUUGCUUUCCUGAUUGACGGUUCCAGUAGCGUAGGAGACAGUAAUUUCCGCCUCAUGCUUGAGUUUGUCUCCAAUAUAGCCAAGACUUUUGAGAUCUCCGACAUCGGUGCCAAGAUCGCUGCAGUACAGUUCACCUACGAUCAGCGCACAGAGUUCAGUUUUACCGACUACACCACCAAGGAGAAUGUGCUGGCGGUCAUUCGGAACAUCCGCUACAUGAGUGGCGGGACAGCCACAGGGGAUGCCAUUUCUUUCACUGUGAGAAAUGUAUUUGGCCCCAUGAGGGACGGACCCAAUAAAAACUUCCUUGUAAUCGUAACUGAUGGGCAGUCCUAUGAUGAUGUCCGAGCCCCUGCAGCUGCUGCUCAUAAAGCAGGUAUCACUGUCUACUCUAUUGGUGUGGCUUGGGCACCUUUGGAUGAUCUGAAAGAUAUGGCCUCUGAACCAAAGGAGACCCACGCCUUCUUCACAAGAGAAUUCUCAGGAUUAGAACAGAUAGCUACUGAUAUAAUUAGAGGCAUUUGUAGAGAUUUCUUGGAAUCACAACAGUAAAGGUGACAUUUUCAUAGAAGGAAAUGCUAUAAAGGUCUCUAGUGCUUAUGCUCUGAUGUUUUAAUACAUAAAGUACUUGGAUCUAAUACAAAAACAUUAAAGAUGUCAGUACCUUUCAAACAAUUUCCAACAACUUAAUUGAGCAUAUUCACUAUACAUUUUAUAUUCAUGGCUUUAACAAGCAUAAGAUCCAAGAUAGUAUUUGGAAGCACUACAUUUCUUAUUUGCAAAAAUGCUCUUAUAAUCUUGACUAGGGAAAAUAAACAAUCAUUUAAUGAUAAUCAUUCAAUGAUUAAUUGAUAUAACAUAAGCUCAACUUAUAAAUAAAAGGUAAUUGUUAAUUGGCCUGAAAGCAGGGUUAGCUCCUCCAAAAAGGAAAAAAAAAUUAAUAAACAUGAGAAAUGAAAAGGACACAUUGGAGCCUAUCUAGUUAUAGAAGUAGCUUUUAGUUCUUCAGAGCUUACCAAAAUAGCUGAUGUCAUGAUCGAUAAAAUAGUACUUUGAUCCAAUUAUGUUCUGCUCAUUUGUAGAUGUUUCUAUAACUUUAUGCACUUAAAGAUGAUUUUCUUGGUAUUUUAUUCAUUUCUGUAUGUGUUCAUUGGCUAUAAAACUAAGAACUUAUGAAUGGCAUGAAGGGAAUCAUUUAUCAGGCUUUAUGUAGUGUAUUUUUGUAAUAACUUAUGACUUCCAACUUAUUACACUCAACAUGGGGGGAGUGCCUUGUAUUUUUCUAUUUAUAAUCAUAAUUUUUUUUACAUGUAUAGAUAAAAUUGGCUAGUACUAUAAGAAUCUCUAAUGUACAAAAAAAAAACAAGAUUUAAACUCAUCUUACAUUGUAAACAUUUUGCUUGAAGAUCUCAUAUAGAGGAAAAAAUACAUACUGCAAAUAACUUAGAAUGAAACUACAGAGAUAUUUGGAUUGCAGUUUGGAUGUUUUGAGCAAUAAAAAAACCAAAACCCUUUUAUUCUGUACUAUUCUAA